ACUCGCACAUUAAACCAGAAAAACAGGGGCCAACAUGCGCCAUUCGGGGACAACCACUGAGUGUUCCGGCCAGGCGAACCCCCACCCACAGUCCUCGCACGCAAUGGAACAACUGCAGCCGGGAGACGCGUGCCUGGAGUGCCAAGGCUUGGGCAGGAGUCACAAGCUGCGCUACUUCUAUAUAAGUCUCGAGGAGCAGCUCCUGAAGUGCGAGUCCAGGAGCUGCUUGUGGCCUCACAACGACGAGGUCUCCUCGGAUGAGGAGCUGGAAAUGCAGGCUCCAGCUCCUCUUGAAUCCGUCAGUCUGCCGCCAUCUGCUCUCGAGUCUGCAAAUCUGCUUCCUCCUCUGGAGUCUAACAAUCUGCCUCCAAUGGAAGCUGCUGUGGGCUCAGAGAAUUCUCCAGAUGAUGACGACAAUUUUAUAAUGGAAUUGCUGCAGCAACUGACUCCGGCCACAGCAACCGACUGCGGUGGAGCGCCCCCUGAAUCAACUAUGAAUCUCAGCUCCAUGCCGGAUCCUCGGUCUCUAGAAGCUGUAGAAGUAAAGCCCUGUCCUGCACUGGGGCUACCGGAUUUGAGCUUCCUACAGGAAAACAUUCCGGAACACAAAGAAUCAGCAAAAGCUGUGAUAGCCAAUCGGGGAGAACCCCUCCCAUUCAAACUUAGGACUCCUCCCAAGCUACAAACCACACAAACUCAUAGGUAUAAAGUUAAGCAGGAAGUGGCUGCUCCAAUCAAGACUUCUGCUGGGCCUAGCUGGCAAGGCAAAGUGGAGAUACCCCUAGUGCCCGCCAGUGUAAAGACGUCUAAUAGUAUUAAACCCAAGGGGGAUCCCUUCAGUACUCCGCCCAAGAAAGCAUCGACUCAGCCGCAGACACCGUCGCAAUCGCCGCCAGCUGUCAACAUAAUUAUCAGCAUUCCCGAGCUGAAUCCGGCCAUGCCCUUCCUCGACGCCAUCAAGCGCCAUUCCGCAGAGCCAAAGCCCUCUGCUCGUAGCGGAGUAAGACGCCCCAAGCAGCAGGCCAGAGGAACCAACGGCAGAGGAAUUCGCACGCAGGCUGUGAGACACUUGAUCGAGCACCUGGAAAUCACCAAGGAUGUGAAGCACUCGUCACCUCGACCAUAAUCAGCUGGCUUUUUACCCAACUUGAGUAUUUAAAAUAAAUUUGCAUAUGGAAUUAUGCAUGCAAGCACCGGACAAGAAUUCAAGUUCGUUUAUUUAUAAACAAUUCAGCUGGUUAUUUUUUUUUGGCAACGCCAGUUGAGGAUUAUUAAUACGCGGCACGCGUCUAGAGCAUGUUCAAGUGGACAGAGAUAGCGCUGAGGAGCGAAGAGAGGCCAUCCAAUCAGUAGAUGUGAACUUUGGAAAGGAGGUCGCGGAAACUGCGUCAUGCGGCGAUCCAUUUCAAGCCGGGAUUGCAUGCCAAUCUGCACACAACUGAUAAGGCAAAUAGACGUCACCACGAAUGUAAUACAACGAAAAUUAUAGCAGGUGGAUUUAUCAAUAAGGCAUUACAUCGACCCUCUGUAAUCAGUUCAAUGAACGUGGGAACAUGUGGGGUAAUCGCUUUCGUGUGGCCGGAGCACUUGAACCGGGUUGCCGACGGCCGGCGUAGAAUGUUUCUGCUGCGCAGUUUGCCUAUGUGGGCGGGGGGCGUCGGGCAGUGGGCCAAGUUUAUUGUUUGUUUGCCUAGCUAUAAAUACCCGACAACUAUAUCGGUUCUCCUAUCUUAUCUU